AUGUCUCUAGAUGGCAAUGCUCCGAUCAUCAGAAAUCCAUUCCAUAGGAUAUUGUCUACACAAACUAGACAAGAAAUUAAACAGCUGUUGAACUUAUCAUGGCAGACUAUCCUCUCGUAUUUCCUACAUAAUGCUUUAUUCACCAUUAGCCUUCUUUUCGCCGGAAGAUUAGGCGAGACAGAGCUCGCAGCCACAGUUUUGUCAAUGUCCUUCAUUGCUUUCACUGGAACAUUUCUUGGCUCGGCGUUAAUUACAGCUAUAGAGGUUCUAUGUGCGCAUGCUUACCGGAGCAGGAGCUAUCGCCUUGUGGGGCUGACGCUUCAGAGAGGGGCAUGGGUUCUAGGCAUUGCCGUGCUGUUGGUAUGGGCCAUUUGGACAAAUGCGGAACCGCUGUUGUUGGUUGUGAAACAGAAAAAGGAACUAGCGAGACUUUCUCAGCUGUUCGUCUUCAUUUGGUUUCCAGCUCUUCUUGCGGAUUAUGCAUUUGUUUUAAUUCAAAGAUAUCUUCAGAUACAGGGUGUUUUCAAGCCUGUUAUCUAUGUCGGUGUGACAGCAAACGUUAUGCAUGUGGGAAUCAAUACUCUGCUGAUUGAAGGAGUCGAUCUUGGAUUCCAGUGUUGUCUUACAGGCGUAUUUUCAGUGCUAUUUAUAACGCUAAGAGAACAUCUUGGUAAAGCGUUCACAGCUAACAGGGAUAUUGUGAGCUUGGUCAAUAAAGUAACUCCAGCUAUGACGGUAUUUUCUUUUUUCCUGAGCAUUCAGGUAACGUGCUGUGGCAUAAUUCGUGGCUGCGGUCGUCCUAAGCUUGGACUUUUCAUCAAUUUUAUUUUCUACUAUUGUGCAACCCUGCCUUUGGCAUCGGCUCUUGCCUUUUACGUCUUCAGUGUCGGCGUUGAAGGUAAGAAUUUUUACAAACUGGUCUAA